CUGCGCUCGCCCGACGGCCGCUGGGUCGCAGACGGGCCGGGAGAUGCCCCGGCGACGGCCGGCAAGGGGCAGGCCAGGGUCGAGGACCUCAAGGUCAACAACCCGCUCGGCCUCGACGACGGCAACCCGUGGCAAGAGUGGUUCUCCGACCUCGAGACGCGCAGCGAGAUCCGCAAGGACGUGUUGAGGACGUUCCCCGAGGUCGACUACUUCCGCAGCGCCGAGACGCAGGACCGCAUGACCGACCUCCUGUUCAUCUGGUGCAAGCUCGCGCCCGAGGUUGGCUACCGCCAGGGCAUGCACGAGCUCCUCGCGCCGCUCCUGUGGUUCGUCGACUACGACUCGCUCCCGACGCCCGACGAUCGAGGGCAACAAGACGGCGACGGCGGCAACGACGAGCUCGCGCACCUCGUCCUCGCGCGCGAGUGGGUCGAGCACGACACGUGGGCGCUCUUCGCCGCCGUCAUGCAGUCGGCCAAGAUCUUCUACGAC